CGGGCCAGCCAUGCCGGGCCACAUGGACCCCUCGCCGCGGGAGCGGCCUCUGCGCGACGGGGUGCCUCCCCUGCCCCUGGCGCGCGGCGGCCUCCGCGGGGCCCUCGACCGGCUGUCCCCGCGGAGCCCCCGGGCUUCGCCGCGGGGCGCGGCGGCGGGGCCUUCCGCGUCGGAGCGCGGGAAGGCCAACAAAAUCCGCAGCCCGCGGCCGCCGGAUGCCCUCGAGGGCUGCGCGGGGGAGAGGCAAGCACUGCCCGCGGUGCCGGCCGGGCACGCCCAGGGCGCGGCGGAGGCGGACCCGCACCUGCUUGCCAGGGCGGUAGUCGAGGCGGUGCGCGGGGAGCUGCGGGAGCAACUCCGGGAGCAGCUGCGCGAGGCGACCAUUGCCCUCGAGCGGGCCGUGCGCUCGGAGGUGGCCCUGGCCGUGACCUGGGCCGUGUCGGCCUCGCCGGGCGCGGGCCCGCGCGCGCAGACGAGCCCUGGCGGGCACGGCGAGGGCGAGGUGCACAGGCCCGGUUCGCCGACAGGCAAGUUCAGAAGCGAGGCGCAAGACCAGCCGACCGGCAGGGAGUCUCGAUCGUCGAACAUGUCAUCAAUAUCGAGUGCGAGCAAGGCAGAUCGCUCGGUCGAAGUGCCGACCAUGCAUCUCUCAAAGUUCGCGGAGACGCCUGCACAGACAGAGGUGCUUGACGGUGGCGGCAAAAGGUUUGUCGAUUGUGUCGACUAUUUAUGGAACUUGAAGGAGCCCAGGCGCGACGGCCUACUCGCGAGAUUGUUCAGACAGGCCCGCUUUGAGGUUGCCGUCCAGGUUGUGAUCAUGUGCAACUGCCUCUUCAUGGCACUCGUCGCCAACAGUGAGGUUGCCAAUUGGAACGAAGAUCCGCAUCCGCUCAUCCUGCCCCUUGAGCUUACUUUCCAGUUGAUCUACACACUGGAGCUGAUUGGGAAGCUGUCCGUUCAUAGAUUGUUCUUCUUCUGGAACGAGGACUGGGCCCUGAACCUGCUGGACUUCACGCUGGUCGUUACGGGCGCGAUGGAAAUUGCGUUCAGGCUUGGCAACAUUUGGAACCUGUCCUACAUGCGGAGCCUGCGCGUUGUGAAGGUGGCCAAGGCCCUGCGGCUGGUCCGCGUGAUCACUGGUGCCGAGGCGUUGCGAAACAUUUUCAUCUGCAUCAUCGGUUCAAUGAUGAAUUUCGUUUGGAGUAUCCUUAUGUUGACGGUGGUUCUGUACGUGUUCUCCCUGCUCUUGGUAAUCAGCGCUGGAAACCACCUCCAAGAGAUAGGUGACGACACAAGCGACGCCGCCGAGAGUCUGCGUUCGGAACUCCUGUUGAUGUACGGCUCCAUCCAGCAGUCGAUGCUCACCCUGUAUAAGGCGACGACGGGUGGCGACGACUGGUCGCUCUCCUACAAUGCCAUCGCAAGCACAGGCUGGGUCCCCUCGAUCGUCUACCUCUUCUUUGUGGCCUUCAUGCAGGCCACGGCUUUAAGCCAUCACAAGGAGAAGGAGUUAGCGGCCGAGAACAUGCGCUCUUUGUGGAGGGAGGUCGCCGAAACGGACGACGGUUAUCUCACAACCGAGGACUUCCGCAGUGGCCUCCGUGGGACAAAGAUUCCGUACCAGCUCGAGGACAUGGGGCUCUCCAUCGACAAUGUCAGUCACUUCUUCCGCGUCUUGCAGAGACACUCCUCAGAGGACGGCAAGGUGCGCAUCAACAAUUUUGUGCACGGGUGCAUGCGGCUGAAGGGCGCGGCCUCUAGCUACGAUAUUCAGGAGAUGCGGUCGGAGAUAUUCGCCAUUGGCAGGAAGGUCGAUCGCUUGGCGGCGCCUCCCCAGCACACCGUCGCGUAG